CAGCGAGUUCCAACAGCCUGCUGGCCCCCUUCACCAACGUCAGGUAACGUUUGUUACAACUCGUUUGGACGUGAUGAAUUACCGACGCUGGGAUACGUGAGUGCUUUUUUCGACAGCUGGGCAGAAGGGUUUACGAGAUCCCGCCCCGCUGUGACAGACGAGUUCUGGUUCGUGUUUACGUUUAGUUGCUACGACACGUGAUUCGUACGGAAUCGUGUGCGGGAACACUUUUUCGGCGCGUUGCUUGCACAUUUAAAAACGCGGGUGCGUGUGUGUUAUUGGCCGCACAGUGAAUUUACGUCUACUGUGACAUAAAAAUUGUGGUUCCGUGGAAAUACUUAACAUCAGCGGACUGCCCUUUUAAAAGGUGAGGCGCCGAGGGCAGAUGGCACCGGGGCGCGACGCCCCCCUCGCGCAGGCAACCAGCGGGUCCCCGCUCUGACGGCCGAAGAAGCGUCUCUGGCAGCCGGGCGACGGUCGCAGCGAUGUCGAGUCCGGAGAGCGCGCCGGCGCUCGAGAUAAGCCACAAGCCCCAGCAGAGCCACGACUCGGGCGCGUACAUCGACUGGAACUCGGAGGACUCGGGCAGCAGCCCGAUCAUGAUGGCGGCGGACAGCAACGUGACGGGCGAGUUCGUCACCGUGGUCGCGGUGGAGAGCGGCGGCGACCCAGGGUGCGGCGAACCCGCGGACGACUCCGAGGAGGGGCGGUUGUCCCCUGAGACGCCUUUCGUGACGGUGUUGUCCAUAGGGGACGACGUCCGGAAGGCCGAGGAACCGCCGCAGAAGAUCUGUGUCAGCGUGCCCGCCGUGGACGAUGCACCGUCUCGCCCCACCAGCAUACAGCUCGGUCAGACGGGCGACGACGUGAAAGACAGAAUUGAAGAGGUGUUCGUUUACCGCCUCCCCGGGGAGAGGCUGGGCUUCGGCCUCAAGUUCGAGGGUGGCACUAAGACCGCCGAGAAGGUGCGUCGUCUGUUCAUCCAGUCGUGCGCGCCGGACAGCCCUGCGUCGCGCGCCGAGUGCUCGUGGGGACGGCUCGCAGACGGCGACGAGGUGCUGGAGGUGGACGGGGCCCCCGUCGCCGGCAUGACCCGCGUCGACUGCGUGCGCUGCCUCAAGGAGUCGCACGUGGUGCUGCGCCUGACCGUCAGGCACUCCACCGAGCGCACCAGCCCCACGUCCCCGGUCGUCGUCAGCGCCGAGAUGAAGAAGAGCAGUACGCCCCCGCCCCCGCCGCCCAUCCCGCCCAGAAAGAUACCCAGGAAGCCGCCACCUUCGCCAACCAAGAUCAAGCCCCCGCCGACCAGCGUCGUCGUGCCGCCGAAAGGCUUCGCGGACGCGGACUACGUGAACAUGGAAAGCGAAACACCGACGAAAGAAAACACGGACAACGCCGCGGAAACGAAACCUCCUCCCGCCACGUCUACCCCAAAACUCCAGCAGAGGUUCCCCAAGAUUCCCUUGAAACUGAGCCUCUCGGGUUCCCCUGAACUGACCAGGGGUCUGGGUAGACGUGCCGCCGCCCUCGACAGCGUUCCGUUCCCUCCGGAGGCGGAGGUGUACCUGGAUCUCUUUGCGCUGGAGGAGAUGAGCCGGUUGAACGGCGAGUCCGAGUCCGACGACACGGGCAGCAGCAUCUCGACGGUGCUGCCGACCACCUGCAACUCGAGCUUCUCCGACCUGCGCUCUUCGGCCUCCUCCACGUGCGACGCCGUCACCCCCUUGUCCACGCCCGGCGGCAUCGACGUCACGCGCGUCCUCGACCCCUUCGAACAGCUGGAGCGCGAGCUCGCCGCGACCGGAGACGACGACUUCCUGUUCGCCAAGUUCGUGAGCUCGCAGCAGCCCGCGGCCGCCACGUCCGAGCAGGUGACCGUCGUGGCGGGCAGCUCGACCACCGUCGUCGAUGACGAGGCGCUGGCGCUGCAGCCGCCGCUCAGCUUCCAGGACGCUCCCUUGAGCUACGGCGACGAGAGAGUGAACUCAACCCUGAAAGACGUCGUCGAUAAGAUUAACGAGCUGGAAAUUAUGAGAAGCGAAAACGCGCUGGAAGAUAGAGAUGAGCAGUACGAUUCUGCUCGAAGGCAAACGGAGUCAUUUUUAGCUCACGAGAUCGAAGCAAGCGCUGUUUACGGGCACGCGAGCACCGAGUCUCCAUCAAACGGCUCAGCACAGACGAACGCAGAGGUGAAAGCCGAACAUGUCGACAUCCCCGCGCUCCCGCCCAGGCCCUCGCCGCGGAAGGACGCGCCGGCCGGCAAGUUCAAGUCCGGCAAGAAGCGGCCGCCCCCGCCGCCCCCGCCGAGGGGCGACCGCCCCCAGGCGCCGCAGCCCGCGCCCAGAGACGCCCGGGGCGACGAGCUGGCCGCCAGGAUAGAGAAGAUGUUCGACAUGGAGCUGAGCGAGGCUCCGCCCAGUCCCGCGGCGUCGACAACCGGGGAGGUCGACUCCGCCGGCGACGGGGUCGUGAUGCCCGAGGUGGCCAUCACCGAUGUGCCGGAAACAUCGCAAGAAGAGACUCCUCUGGACGAUCCGCGGGGGAAGGUGGAGGAAGUGCCCACUGGCCCCGACGAAAGCGACCACGAGAAGAACUGUGACCGCGCCGAAGUCGACCUGCUGGAUAAGGAGGACCUGCAGGUGUCGCUGGUGGACUCGGAGGGCGACGACGCGCGGGUCUUCGAGGACGAUGACGAGGAGGACCUGCUCCCUCCCGGGUUCGAGGACUGCGCCAUGCUGUCGCCGUCGGAGGCCUUCUUCCCGUUCCGCUGGACCAUGACGUCACACCUGGCCACCAUCGGCGAGGCCGAGGAGGAGGACGAAGGGGAGGCCGCGUGCGGCGGCGAGCAGUCCGUCGUUCCCACGAGCAGCGCGGCCGCGGCUGGGGUGGAGUCGGAGGGCCGCCCCGGCCACGGGGACGAAGACGACGACGACGCCAGCGCCGCCGCGCGGGGGCCCGCGGAACCAGACCUCGCCGGCCGCGUGUCCCCGUCGGAGCAGCGGCGGCAGCUGCAGACGACAGACGAGGGCAGCAUGCAGCGCGCCGACGCCGCGCGGCCGGCACAGGAAGCUCCGGGGUCGCCGCGGCGCGAAGGAGAAACUGCAGCUGCGGUUGAAAUGGCUCCAGUUGAUGUUUGCACGCCCACAGAUUCAGACCUAUCGCGCAAGAUCGAGCCCAGGCCGCGCGCGGAGAGCUCGUCAGACGCGUCGUCCGAGCCCGAGGCGGUCCGGGGCGCUGACGCCGAGCAUGUGACGACACCCGCCGAAAAAGCCACCCCAGACCUCGACGGUGUGCGCGGAACUAUGGACGCGAUCCUCGCCCUGGACACCCUCACAGCCCCGACGAAACCUCUUUCGCCCACCCUCUCCCCUCCGCCCAGCUUCUCCCGGCUGCCUCCAGAUGGCCACGAGUUCCCGCCCAACUACCAGGAGCCAGGCCACUUCAACGUGGGCGUGCCCGCCGUCAUAGAGAUGGACCUCUCCGCCGAGCCCAUCCUGAAGGAGGCCGUGCCUGCGGCGCCGCCUCCCCUCCCCGCGUCCGGCCCGCCGGCGAGGAAGGCGUCCCAGCGCCCCGACGGCGACGCGCCUCCUCCUCCCGCGAGGAAGUUCUCGGAGGACCUGGGGUCCUCGAGGCCGCGCGUGUCCAGCUGGCGCAAGGACGAGAAGAGCGAGCGCAGCGUCAGGGACAAGAUCGCCAUGUUCUCGUCGGCGCAGGACUCCCCGACCAGGCGGGCCAGCAAGGGCAGCUCCGAAGACGUGUUCGCGUGUGACGACCCGGACUUCGCGGACUCGGCGAGGAAGCCUCCGUCCAGGACGCCGUCCUACCGCUCCUCGCAGGCCCCGCAGCCGGCGUUCGGCCGGCGGUCGUCGGCGAUGAUAUACAACAGCAUGACCGACGUGUAUUCCAACGCCGCGCUUGAAAACGGCGAGCCUCCCACGUCGUUGGAUUUCAAUUCCAGAACACAGAGUUCGCUGGAUCUUACUUCUUCGUCCUCGUCCGCCUACUCGUCGUCUGGUUCUCCCGACUCUUCCCUCAGCUAUGGCGUGGGGUACGCCAGCACACUCCCGAGGAAGCUGGGUGCUGCGAGGCAACCCCAGUCGGUGUCGUCGGGCAAGUAUUCAGACCUCGGCGAGAAGCCGGUCAGCCUGACGCGAGCUACCAGUUUCUCCGGCGGGAACACGCUGCACACAAGAUCCCAGAGCCUUGUUGAUAUUGUCUCGAUACCUUUCACCGGCAAGAGGAACAGCAUCAGUGCGAUCGGUGGAACGAGGCCUAGUGAAGACAUGAGGCGCGCAUCGCUGAACGCUCUGAUCGAGCAGCGUAGGCGCGGCAUCAGCAAACUAAGAGGUCUGGUUAUUCCUGAGAAAGUUGCUGAAAUUUCUUCGACCCAACCUAUAAUUGACCUUCCCGAGAUCAAGAGUAGGGACUCAAUCCUAGCUACUAAACCUCCUGUAGUAUCUCACAAAGACGACCAAAAACCUAGCCAUCGAAGAUGGAGUACAAGCACAGAUUCUAUCGCUGACAGGUCAACAGCAUCGCACCUGAUCAGUUCCCCUCCAUGGAAAAGUCAGUCACCUUCAGCCAACCUACCCAAGUAUUCGCCUGCAUUCAAACGUAAGAGUUUAGCAGUUUAUGGUGCACUAUCAUCAGCAUCGUCGGUUUCAUCUUCGCUUAGUUCCAGCAGAGAGGAAUUGAGGCCUAUCUUUGAUGGGAGCAAUGCCCAAAAAUCUUCACCACCUCUUCCUCCAUCAAAACCACCCAGACAGUUUGUGGGCAACUUCACUCAAAGUUAUGGAUCCAGCCUUCUGUCUCAGCCAGAACCUCCAAAAUCACUGGAGAGUAUAACCUCCCCAACCAGGUCUGAUAUGAGCUUCGAGUACGUAAGUAGUUGUGGGAGCUCUCCUGAUUUGAGAAUUAAUGCUCCGGCCAUGAUAAAAGAUGAUUUUGUAAAGAAAAUUAAUAAUGGUCAUGUUAUGAAUGGAAACAUGUACAUAAAUGGUUCAAAAACCACAGGGCUCUCUCCAAACGGCAAGGUCUUAUCUUCGGACAAUGGCCGCUCAGAGGAUGACAGUGACAACGAUUCUGCUGUUAGUUCCAGUCGAUCCAGUACCUCUCAUGGCUUCUCUCCACCAGCAUCUCCGCUCCCUGACAACAGAACCGUUACUGAAGACAGUCAGCGACACCACACACUUCAUGCAAGUAUUUUAUCUCCAGGUAGUACUGGUGAGAAUCGACCACUGAGGAGGACCCUGUCAUCAGAAACUACAGCUUCUAUCGCCUCUUCCACAACCUCGACUUUAACGUCCGGCUCGCAAGCAAGUUGCAGUAGCAACGGGGGAAGUUCGAGUGGCAGUGACAGCAAGCGUGUCUUGAAGGCCCAGAGUGUUGAGGCCAUAAACAGGAAAAAUGUUCUUUCAUCAGCAAGGUACAGCAGUGGAAAAGAUUAUAAAAUAGGCUCGCCACUUAUACAGAGGAAGUUUGAAGAGGAUAUGGAAAAACAAAAACUUCUCAACAGUCGAGGAGAUUUGUCACUGAAUGAAAUGACUCAUAAUGGAGGAGAUGGCGAAAUUCAAUGCAAAAAUUCCAACUCUGCUGAAAAACUAUAUGAAUUAUCAAAUAAUGCAACUGUUCCUCCUGGUAAUAGCCCAAAGGAUGUUAUACUUUACAAAACUCCAGACUUAAAUGAUGUGCCAAAUGAAAAUAGCAUUUUGUAUUUUGAGGUUCAAGAAAAUGAGAGUUUUGAUGAGACGGACAAUCCAGAUGAUACUGUUAUUGAAGUAAGCGACAAGCCAAAUAAGUUAGCACCAUUACCUGCUCCGAGAAAUUCUAAUAAUCAGACCCCAGUGAAAUCCAACAGUACUACAGUUGCUGAUGAAGUAAGUGUAACCAGUGAUAGGUGGGCAGAACUUACUAAAAAAUAUUCAAAGAACCAAGAGAGUAAAAAUGAUGAAAUUGAUAGGGUCCUGAAUCCAAACAACCAGUUUAUUUCUAAACCUGAAGAAAGUGAACAGGAAGUAGAGAUUUAUUCUGAUAAGAAUUUUAAGAAAAAGGAGUUUACUCUGGAUUUGAAAAACAACACUUUAGUUUUGAAUUCUGAGAUACCAAAUAAAAGUGAUGAGGACUCUUCAAGUGGAGAAAAAAGUCCCAUUUCACCAGUUGACAGUUACAGUUCUGGCAAAACAAUUACAAUUGAAAAUUCAGUGAGCCCUCCUGCUGUUCCUCCAAAACCAAUUCAAAGACGAAACGUUCAGAAUGAGACAAAUCUCACGGGUGAUAAACAAGAGUCAGAUCUAAUGACCAUCCUUACGGGAAGAUCACGUGAUCAGACACCUCUACAAUUGAGAGAGAGAAGGAGAAGUAAAGACUUGGAUGGUUUAAGGCCAAUAUCUAUGACAAUUGAACGCAGUGUAUCUUCAGAAGAAGUACUACCAAAUGGUGGCGUGAGAACAGUAAAGACUGUAGAACAGUUCCAGGAGAUUGUUUCAUCCCCAACCAGUAAAAUACCUACUGCAGCAAUGAGACAUGGGUCUAAUAGGCGUUCAGUGAGUGUGAAUGAUAUUAGGAAAGCAUUUGAGAAAGCUGAACUGGCUCUUGCCAACACAGGAAGAGCUAACGGUACUAAAACCUCCUCUGUUAUAACAAGCAGUAAUGGCAUUGCUAAUCACCAUGCAAGAGUUUCAUCAUUGGACUCGACAACAAGUGAUGACAGCUAUGCAGCUAUACCUGGCUACUGCGGAUCAGUCUCUACCCUUCAGAAGGAGCAGUUUGGGAGCGUUACGUCCAUAGCAUCUUCUACCAGCCUCAUUUCACAGCAGGAGUUGCAGUCCCUGAUCGACGAGGCGAACCAGGUUCUUGAGGAGAGUGGCUCCUGCCCCUCCCCUGUCUACGAGGUCCUGGUGGUCGUCCUGCACAGGGAGAUGGCUGGCGGCAGCAUCGGCAUAACCCUGGCGGGGGGUGCAGACUACGAGUCGAAAGAAAUCACGGUGCACAAAGUUCUCAAUGGCAGCCCGGCAGACAAAGAUGGCAGAAUCCAGAAAGGUGAUCGAAUUUUGUCCAUCAAUGGGAAAAGCAUGAAGGGUGUAACACACAGAGAAGCUCUUAACAUACUCAAGGCACCUCGAACAGAGGUGGUUCUUGUGGUGUCGAGAUCCCGGCCAGAUUACGAUGGUGCUGCUCCAGUUGAAGAACUUUCUGCAGCCAGCGUGCGGGCGUCCCUUUCCGCGGCCAGCAGUAGGCCUCCGAGGAUUCCGGAGCAGCCCGUCGACACCACCGCAAACUCACAAACGGAGGAUGUGAUCCCGGAGGUGUCCCGAGGACCGCCGGUCGUUGUGACGUUGCUGAAGGACGGGGCUGGGCUGGGCUUCAGCCUGGAGGGCGGCAAGGACUCUCCCGUGGGCGACCGGGCCCUCACCAUCAAGAAGAUAUUCACAGGAGGAUGCGCGGAGAAGAACGGUACACUGGUGGCGGGCGACGAACUGUUGAACGUCAACGGCACAGACGUGACCGCAAUGUCCCGCAUCGAAGCGUGGAGUCUCAUGAAGAGGUUGCCGGAUGGUAACGUCAGCCUCACGGUCCGCCAAAAGGUGACCAAGUGAUAAUGUUGUUCCGUGAACCGUCGCCAAAACUCUAGUAUCAUGUGCGAGAGAUGUAGUGUGUGUCAUAACAUAAUACUGUACAAUCCUACAGAAACAAUCCUUGAAAUGUUUUUUUUUUCUUAAGGCAGGGCAUUUACUACAGACAAAUUAGAAUGUGAAAAUGUUCAUACUCUAUUUUAUGAUACAUUUUGUUUAUAAGUGCAUUAUCGGUAAUGCUGAGAAGGUUGUGUGGUAUUGCUUAAAUAUGUACUGUACUUGGAAAGUGAAUUUACCAAAUUUAAUUAAGAAAUUGGUGUGAAUAAUUCUGUAUACCAGAGACCCUACCGUCUAGAAUGUCUUCAUGAAUUUUACAGACAAGUGCAGAUAAUGGAAAAAUACUUUGUUAAUCGAAAGCAUGAAUCUCCAGUAAUGGACAUGGAUGGAAGAAACGUUAAGUGGUGUUGCAUCAGAACUGUGUGUUAGCUGAGAGUGGUUGUACUGGCAACUGCCUGCUUAGUGUCGGUUUGUGUGUUGAGCACCAAAAAAAAUGAAUUUAUGUUUGUUGCCAUAUUUACUUAUGAUAUAUGUGGAUUUUUUUGUUCCAGUGUAUAAAUAUUUAAAUAAGCCUUUUUCAUGAUAUUUAGCUUAGUUUGUAAGAUGUCUUAAAAUUUAAAUUUUGAAGGUGUGAAUAUUUGUACUAUGUAUUUUUUUAUAAAUGUUUAUAAAUUUGGCUUUUUACUGUAGAUGUAUAGUUAUAAAAUUACCAUGAUUUUAAUAUUUCAUCCGUGCUAAAUAUUUGUGGGAUACAUUGAUGAAUGUAUCAAAGUUUAAAUCAUAGGUGGUAUUUUGAGACCAGGACUCCGUGCCUUGGCCAGUUUUGCCUUAUUAUAUGUAUACAAUGUAGAUAUUUUUGAUAACAUCCGAUGAUUCUGAAAUUAUAUACAUAUUUGAUACAGAUGAACAUUUUUGAUGAUUGUGGAAUGAAUGUAGUAACUGCUGUAGGGUAUGUGCAAUAAACACAAUGUUUAUUUCAUUUUUGAGUAUUCUACAUAGGUUUCAAUUUGUUCAGAAAAAAUUGAUCCAAAUGUUCUUUAAAAUAAAAUUGUUGAACCAACAGCACUGCUAAGUUUUAAAAAAAUAUUGCAUGAUAAUUAUCAUAUUUGUAAAUUGUAUUGUAAUCAUUAAUUCUAAUAUGUUCACUUAGUUUGGAAACACAUUAAUUAGUACGACUGAUGUGACUAGGAAAUAAAUUUUAUUUUUUAAGUACUGUUAAGUAACCAUAAGUUAAUUUUUUUUUCAAACACAUCAAGUUGGUCAUUUUUGAAGCAUAUUCUGAAGUUAAAUUUGUUAAAUUUAUACUAACAAAUCACUAUGGAGAAAGUGUUUAACUAAGCAAUCUGUGAUAUAAUUAGCAUAAAAUGCUAUAGUAUAGAAGACUUUCUAUAGAAAGGGGGCUUAAAAUUGUAAUUUAACUGAAGUAGGUAGAAAAAUAUACACAGUUAUAAUAUUGUUCAACUAUUUUCUGCAGUUAACCUGUUCUAAAAAUCAUGUUAGUUUACAUGAUAAUGAAUUACUUAUCCUCCUGUACUAUGCUUUGUAAGCUUAUAUCAUAACUUGCCAGUCGAUGUAGGUACUAAACUUUAUGGUUAUGGUGGAUGCACUUUGAACAUGCAUCAUUGACCAGUGCUGGUGUGUGCCUAUCAUAACUAUUAUUAUUAAACGUUUUUGUAAGUGGAAAUAAAUGUGAUUGUUUUGUUGUUACACUGGAAGAAUGUUUACUUUAGACAUGCAGCUGUAUUUUGUGUUGAUAGUAAAUAUAGGUAGUAGUUUGCUUGCUACUGUUAUGUAAUAUAUUUAUCAAUAAACCUUGGUAAAAUCAG